CGGUUAGUUCACCUGCGAGUGAGAAGUGAGAGCAGAAUGGCGGGACGUCUUCUUCUCCUCCGAGCCUGUUCAACAACAACAACAACAUUACAGCUCAGGAGCAAUGUGGUGGCUCGACCGUUACACCGCGCCAUGGCAACUGUGAAAGGAAUACCAACAGAUGAUGAGCAGGCCACUGGGCUAGAGCGACGCGCCCUGCAGGCCCUCAAACUGGGAAAGGAUCCCUACAGUAUGCUGAAGCCCAAGGCAUAUGCUGGCACAAGGGAGGAUCCUCACAUUGUGCCAGGCAUUGGAACCAAGAGGCUGGUGGGCUGUCUUUGUGAGGAAGACAACACUGCUAUUGUGUGGUUCUGGCUCCACGAGGGAGAUGCCCAGCGCUGUCCUUCCUGUGGUUCCCACUAUCAGCUGGUCCACCAUGACUUGCCCCAUUGAAACUAAACACAACCUCUGUACAAACAGGACAAUGCCGAUAUCAAUAUUUGCCUCCUUCAUGGCCAUAUACUGCAAUGUGUGCAUAUCGUUCAUCAUUAAAAUGUAAACUUGAA